GUUUUGCACCCUGCCUGAGAAGAGCACUUACAUUUUGAAGUGUGACCUGAAAGGAUGUGGUUGAGUGAGAGAUAAGGAAGAACCAGAUGAGGAAGAAGUUACACGGAGCUCUUCAAAACAGGCACUUUACGAAACGAAAGACGUUAGGUCUAAAAAGUGAGGGGGAAUUUCGUGAUGGAUUUGUGAUGAUGCUUUGACGACAAAGAAGAUGGAAGUGGAAGAGAUCUGUGAGACAAGGACUUCCUGGUCACUAAUAGAAGGAACAAAGUCAACCGACUGCUGUGACCAUACUGGAAAGAAGAGAAAACAAUACUCAACACCAGAAGCUGUGAUCAGAAUCCCUGAGCAGGAUGAAGAGGAGGAGGAACAUGAAGAAGAGAGUGAAAUGCUACCUGAGCACAAUGAUUUACAGGAGCCCUGUAACAAACGGGUCAAGCCUGUGGUUAAGUCCAACAGCCUAACAGGGGUCAUCACUCCAGUGAAGACGCCUGCCCUCAAACGUAUCGGACAGUCAAUUUCGCGAUCUAUAAGUUUCCGCACGGAGGUGCGACCUUUGCCCACGCCGCCUGUACGUUCUCGCACAAAGGGCUCAUCGUUUCCAAGGAGGUGCAACAGCCAGUGCUGGAGUGACACGGUGGAGAGCCACCACCUCACAGCCAAGGAGAUCAAACGUCAGGAGGUCAUCUACGAGCUGACUGAGGGAGAGCGACAACUCAUCGAAGACCUCAGUCUGGUGAAGAAGGUGUACUAUGAGCCCAUGUUGAAGCUGGAUAUCAUGACCGAGACUGAGCUCAUGCAGAUUUUUGGCACGCUGGACUCUCUGAUUCCUCUCCAUGAAGAUUUGCUGAGACGUCUUGAGCGUCUGAGGGGGUCGGAAAAAACUGUCGGAGCGGUGGCUCCCACUCUAAUGAAUUGGUUCCCUGGCCUGGAAGCCUACGUCACAUACUGCUGCAACCAGGUGGGUGCCAAAGCCUUGCUGGACCAGAAAAAACAGGAAAAGAGAGUGGAGCAGUUCUUGCGCCUGUGCCAGGAGUCCUCGUUUAGCAGGAAAUUGGACCUCUGGAACUUCCUGGAUCUGCCUCGAAGCCGUUUGGUUAAAUAUCCGCUUCUGCUGAAAGAGAUCCAGAAGUGCACACCUGCAGAGCACCCUGAUGAGUUCACAUUACCUGAUGCAUUGGAACUCAUCCAAAGCAUUGUGGCAGAGGUAAAUAAGAAGACAGGGGAGGCUGAGUGUCAGUUCUAUAGGCGGGGGCUCAACUACCUUGAAGACUGCCAGAGAUUACCAGAGAUCCAACAGUCUCGUUUCCUCUACUGUCACGGAGAGCUCAAAAACAACAAGGGUCAGCGGUUACAUGUAUUCCUAUUUGAGCUUGCUAUGGUUUUGACGAGACUGGGAGAGGACAGGGACGGUGGUCACGUGUUCCACAUCUACAGACAACCGCUGCCAAACGCUUCCUUAAACCUGGAGGUGAUUCCAGAUGGAGAAGCAGGUGGAGGGGGCUCCUUCAGAGGAGCCUUCACGGGGGGAAAUGAUAAAGUGAAGAACUGUUUUCGUGUGAGCAGCAGGGGGCGCUCCAAGGCUCACUCAUACAGCCUGCAAGCCAAUGACUCCUUUAGCAAGCAGCAGUGGGUCACCUGUCUUCGCCAGGCCAUGGUCCAGUCUCGAGACAGGAGGGCUCAGAGCAGGCAGUCGGUGGCUCCUCCGCAUUCCGACCCCGCUGUGUGUCACAUAGCUGACCUCAGCCUCAAUUCUGAUGCUGAGAUGGCAGACGUCACCAGCCGCUAUUGAUGGAGUGUCUGGUAUUGACACAAAUGGUUGACUUAUUGGGUGCAUCCUGAACAAUGCUAUUGAAUGUAAAUUUAACAUGAGCAAAUGUGUUUUUUUAAAAUAAACUGACACUUUAAA